GAACUUAGUUGAGCACGUCGGGUGAAAUAUUUACGAUUCUUUACUAUCACAAUUGAGUUCUGGUCAGCGGUUAACUCAAUGCGCGGGGCGGAGACGACUGUGUAAAGCAUUUGUCGUUGGAUUUUUUUAAUAUAUAUUUUUGAGGCAACAUAUUCUGGACGAGGCGCGCGCGCAACUAGAAUGGAAUCGCGCGCCGCAACCCAUAACAAAUUCUCAUCAUCCGUAUAGUGCAUCGAGAGACGUUGAUCAGUGCAGACCUGGACCGGUGAUAGAAGAUUGGCGUGAAGUUUCUGAAGAUUAGUUGCGGCACUUGUUCGCAAUGACCGCCGAAAUUUUAAGUGACGACAAUGGCGCAAAUGAAAUAACACCGGGGGAUUUUCCGACCAGCGAAAAGCGAAGCGAUCCUCGGCUGUGCCAAUUUGUUCGGGUUUAUUGGAAGUCAUUGUUUGUGAUAGCAGUUCCGUUCAUCAGUGCACUAGUUUUUAUCCUUGGCACCUCGCUAGCAUACCGAUGUUUAUACGUGGUGAUUUUGAUGGCCCUUCUAUGGGUAUCGGAAGCUAUCCCGCUGCCAAUUACGUCGAUGAUUCCGAUAGUGCUCUUCCCUCUGUUGGGAAUCCUCAGCACCGGAGAAGUUUGCAUGGUUUACAUGAAAGAGGCCAUUAUUAUGUACAUCGGUAAUGCAAUUGUUGCUCUGGCGAUCGAGUACUGCAAUUUGCAUAAACGUGUUGCGCUGAAAGUGAUUUCCGUCAUCGGGUGCAGUCAGAGGCGGUUGCACUUCGGACUAGUUCUGGUAACGAUGUUCCUAUCUAUGUGGAUCUCCAACACGGCGGCCGUUGCCAUGAUGUGCCCGAUUGUCCAAGCUGUGCUCCAGGAACUGGAAGCGCAAGGACUCUGCCGGAUGUUCGAGAGUGCUGAUUCUGUCGAAGAUGCUGAUGACGCCGUUGAGCAAAAAGAUGAUCGGAAGAGACCUUCUCGCAUAACGUUAUGCUAUUUCCUGGGAACGGCCUAUGCAUCAAAUAUUGGAGGGUGCGGUACGAUCGUCGGUUCGGGAACGAAUAUUACCUUCAAGGGUAUCUACGAGAGCAGAUUCCACAAUGGUCCCGGAAUCGAUUUCCCCACGUUCAUGUUCUUCAACGUACCUUUGAUGUUGAUAAACAUGGUCCUGGUUUGGGUGUUCCUGCAGUGGCAUCUAAUGGGACUAUUUCGUCCAGGAAAUGACCAAGCGCAAAAAUCAAAAAUCGAUGAAGAAUGCGAAGCCGUCGCUCGGAAAGUCAUCGAAGCUCGCUAUAAUGAGUUGGGUCCAAUGACUGCACACGAAAAGAGCGUCGCCUUAUUAUUUUUGGGGUCGAUUGUGCUGUUCUUCACUCGAAGUCCAGGAUUCUUUUCCGGUUGGGAAGUUCUGUUUCCCGGAGUUCACAUCAAAGACGGUACGGCGGCUAUUCUUAUCGUGCUAGCUCUGUUUGUGUUACCCUCUGAUUGGCAAUGGCUCAACUACUUCAAGAAGAAAUCAGUCUCAACUCCUCUGCCGCGGGAACCAGCGAAAGCCCUCGUAACGUGGAAGUUCAUCAAUUCGAAGUUGCACUGGAGCUUAGUUUUCCUGCUCGGUGGUGGAUUUGCUCUGGCUGAAGGUGGCCGCACCUCCGGAAUGUCCGCCCUGCUAGGACACUCCUUGUCAAUCCUCGAGCACUUGCCACCACUGGUUCUACUGUUGCUCGUCUGUUUAGCGGCUCAGAUUUUCACCGAAUUCACGUCCAACGUAGCGAUUGCCAACAUACUCCUGCCGGUGCUGGCCGAGAUGGCCAUCGUAAUCAAAACUCACCCACUGUACCUGAUGAUGCCGGCUGCCAUGUCAUGCAGCUUCGCCUUCCACAUGCCCGUAGGAACGCCGCCAAAUGCCAUUGUAUCGGGAGCUGGGCGAAUCGCAACCAAAGAUAUGGCCAUCGCUGGUAUCGGACCUUCGGUGAUCACACUGCUGGUGAUGUGGCUCGGGUUUCCCACCUGGGGCUCAGUGGUUUAUCCGGACAUCAACACAUUCCCCGAUUGGGCAGUUGAAGGAAUUGCCAAUGCAACUUUACACUGAGAUUCCUAGGGAAAUGCUGUUUUUGAGCAUUGUAAUUUAUUUGCGAAUACUAUUAGAUUGUAUAGUUCAACUAGAUAAGACUUUAUUUUGUAAAAAUAUGCUACACAUUUAA